UCUCUUUAAUUAUCACUUAAAAUAAUAAAGAUGACCUGCAUUUUUUCAGCACUGUUUAAGCAGAUUUUACGUACUUGAGAAAGGGAAAACAUGACCUCGUUUGGCAGCGGGUUAGAAGAAGAACUGAUUGAAGAACACUCAGUUUCGUUAAUUAUAUUGUUUAUUCUUUGUGCUUUUGUGGGCAUAUUUGUCGGUUUUUUUGCAAGCUGGUUUAAUAUCAUAUAUAUCUGGUUGCACAAGGUAGACACAGACUCUGAUCAUCAUGGAGGCGAGAUUGUUGCUGAAGUCCUCAAAGCACAUGGAGUUAAAUACAUUUUUACUCUGGUGGGAGGCCACAUUUCACCUAUACUUGUUGGUGCUGAGAAACUGGGCAUCAGAAUAGUGGAUACAAGACAUGAGGCAUCAGCUGUCUUCGCUGCAGAUGCAGUUGCGAGACUAUCACAGACAGUUGGAGUUGUUGCUGUAACUGCUGGACCGGGCUUAACAAAUACUGUUACUGCUAUUAAGAAUGCUCAGCUGGCUGAAUCUCCAGUUCUUCUGUUAGGAGGAGCUUCUGCAGGACUGUUAAAAGGACGAGGGGCUUUGCAGGAUAUUGAUCAGAUGUCAUUGUUUACCCCACUUUGCAAAUUCUGUGCUGCAGUUUCAGCAGUUCGUGACAUUGCUCCAACUCUAAGGCAGGCAUUAAAAGAGGCACAGUCAGGAACCCCAGGUCCUGUUUUUGUGGAACUUCCUGUGGAUGUGCUAUAUCCAUACAAACUUGUUAAGAAAGAAGUUGCAUCAGGUACAAAACCAGGGAAUAUAUUGACAAAGGCUAUCAACUGGUAUCUAAAUAAUUACUUGGACAACAUAUUUGCUGGUGCGUGGGAACCUCGUGAAGUUACACCACUAAAACUAAACAUUCCUCUUCCACAAGAUUCUGAGAUUCAGAAAGCAGUUGAGCUGCUGUCUUGUUCCCGAAAACCAUUGCUGGUACUUGGCAGCCAGGUGACAUUGCCACCAGUAUCUGCUGAAUCCGUUCGCAAAGCUGUUGAGAGGCUGGGAGUGCCAUGCUUCCUUGGUGGAAUGGCACGAGGCCUACUUGGCAAAGAAAGCCCACUACAGCUCCGUCAUAAUCGUUCAGGGGCACUUCGCAGGGCUGACCUCAUUCUUCUUGUGGGCACAGUCUGUGAUUUUCGUUUGAAGUACGGUCGAGCACUGCCUCGCACAGCUAAAAUCAUUGCUGUCAACAGGAGCCGUGAACAACUUUAUAAGAAUUCAGAUUUAUUUUGGAAACCAACAUUGGCUGUAUGUGGUGAUGCUGGAACCUUUUUAACCGAACUCUCCCUUGUAAUAGGUGGUUUUAAAUGUGAUCCUGAAUGGCAGGAAACAUUAAAAGAAGAGGAUAGACUAAAGGAAAUUUCCAACACAAAGAUGGCUGAGGAACGUACAGGAGAAUAUGUUAAUCCAUUAAAGAUAUUGAAAGAAGUAGAAAAUAUUUUACCAGAAAACUCUAUUUUGGUAGUAGAUGGUGGAGAUUUUGUGGGCUCAGCAGCAUAUAUUUUGCGACCUAGGGGACCACUGUGUUGGUUGGAUCCUGGCGCAUUUGGUACUUUGGGAGUUGGUGGAGGUUUUGCGUUAGGUGCAAAGCUGGCAAAACCUGAUGCACAAGUGUGGCUGAUAUAUGGAGAUGGUUCUUGUGGGUACAGCAUUGCCGAGAUAGAUACAAUGGUGCGUCAUAAGCUUCCUGUGGUAGCUCUUGUGGGCAAUGAUGCUGGUUGGACACAGAUUGCCAGAGAACAAGUGCCUCUCUUUGGCAGUAAUGUUGCCUGUAAACUAGUGCACACCAACUAUGAACAAGUUGCAGAGGGUUAUGGUGGGAAGGGAAUUCUGAUAUCAAGCUCAUCUGAUAAUUUAAUUUCCUCUCUUAAAAAGGCAGUAGAUCUGCACAGCAAGGACCACACAGUUUUGAUAAAUGUUCUAAUUGGUAAUACAAAGUUUAGAGAGGGAAGUAUUUCAGUGUGAUGAUUUAGUGAGUAAAUGCACUUUAAACUGGAGCCUUAUUUCAUGGACACUGUACAAGGAGAAAUCAUAAACAUCACACAAAGGCUCUGAUAAUUAAGUAAAGGUAGCACUGAGAAAUGUUCAAAAGGUGGUUUGGAUAUUAAGUUCUUCAGCUAUCUCUGUUUAAAAAUUGAGAUAGUUUGUAUUAAAUGGCAUUUUAUGGUGAUACGGAUCAUUUUGGUAGCUUUAGUGACUUAAAAUGGUGAAAUAGUGCUGUGACUGAAAAUUGUAUUACUUGAUGUACUAGUUUAUAAUUUUUAAUCAGUAUUGAAGCUGGGACAGUUUUCACUGCAGCUAUAUUGCAAGUGUAUUGUAAUAUUUUUUUCAUACCUGUGGAUGCUUGACUGAUUCUCCAUUAUUCCUCAAAAAUGCAUUCCCAGAAGAAAGGCAGGGUUAUUUUUAUGAGGUCGCCCCAUGUGUUGCCCAAACCUUACAGUUAAAGGGUCUGACUUAUAAUUCAUAUGUGAAGAGCAUCAUGUCAGUCUUGCCAUAUAAACAUAAUACUAUUUAUUUAUGAUGUUUGUGUUGAGUAUUGUGGAAAUAGCAGUUCUGAUACUGAUUUUGUCCCAUCUGCACUAUGUUAUUUUGUUUGUUUCAUAUACAAGAGGUGUUCUGAUGUUAUUGUAGUCACUUGACAAGGUCACAGUGGAUUGUCAAAGGAAAAUGAAAAUAAGUAACUGGCAGUUGACAGAUUUUUGAUUUUUCAGAUAUGAUGGGCACAGAUGAUUAUAUCUAAAUUAUUCAGUUAACUUGUUGAUCACUGAGAAUUAUAAGGAGCAUUGUUUGUAAAUUUAGUAAUGGGCUGCUCUACAAGGAAGCUAUUUAAUUUAGUGUAAACUGGAUCCUAUGACUGCCACUGGCUGGGUGUUCAUGUUUAAGUGAAUUUUACUGUUUUGACAUUUCUCAUGGAAAAUAAUGUUAUUCAGUCCUUUAGGCAGAUUCACAGUAAAUUAUGUAAGAUCUCUAGAGGACAGAGAAUAUUCAAAAAUUGCUCUUAUUAAAAAAAAUUUGGCUUUUAAUUGGUAAAUCAUGUGAGAGUAAGUAAUUUACUCUGAGAGUAGUACUUCAUUUCUCUGUUCAUAUCAGCACUUUAAGACACACUUGUUCAGCUCCUUGUUGUAGUGUAGCCUUAAGGUAGUUGUACAUUAAAAGAAAGUUAUUGUUUAUCUGUUGUUUUGUUGGUACCAUUGAUGUGUGAUUACUGAAAAACAGUAUUUUGGCUAUGAAAUCCUGUGAUAUUAGCAAAUAUAACCACAUGGACAUAAUAUUGGUUUGCAGCUGGACAUAUUGAAAAACACAAUGUAUGAUAUGAAGCUUCAGAAGUCACUUUACAAAUAAAUUGUACCUACAGAUGUGGAAUGAAAAUAAAUUUAUACCUGCUUCAUAA